AUGUUAGGCUCAAGAUCUUCUGAUAAUGAAAUAUCAAAAAGGGAUAUACCUUCCUUUAUUGAACCACGUCCACCUUUAAUAUCAAACCCUUUUAUGAGGCCUAAACCGCAGAAGGGUACAAACUUAUUGGAAUUAUUUGAAGAGGAUUCAGAAUGUGAAGAACCUGAAUUAGUGCAAGUUUAUCUAAGAUUAAAACCGUGCAAUAAACUUAGUAAUUUAUAUGAAAUCCGAUCUGACCGGUGCUUAAUAACGUCGUUGGAUACCACAACAGCAGGACAUGGAAGGCGAACUCAGCAUAAUGUAUCAAAAAUGUACACUUUUUCCCAUAUUUUUGGACCAGAUUCCGACCAAAAGGAAAUUUUUGAGCAUGUCGUAAAAGACAACUUAAAAAGGCUUCCAGAAGGUCACAGCUUUACUCUUCUUACAUAUGGAGCAUCUGGAUCAGGAAAGACCUAUACCCUUAUGGGUACAGUAUCGUCACCAGGCUUAGUGCCAAGAGCACUAGAAUAUGUGUUCAAAGUUGUUGAUGCUUCUCAAACUCCAGAAUUUAAACCAGCUGAAAGAGGUGCCGAUAGACUGAAUUAUGCUGAACAAAACUAUGAGUUACAAUGGAUAAAAAGACUAAGACAGAUAUCUGCACCCUUAAGGGAGAAAUAUCGUAGAAUGAGUGCUCAGUUAUUUGGUGACCUUACGUCUAGUACUAUAGACCUCUCUAACAGAAAAAGACAUUAUGUUUGGGUUUCAUUUAUAGAAAUAUACAAUGAAGGCAUUUAUGACUUACUAGCUCCUGGUGAUAGGAAAAAUGCUUCCAAACUUGCCAUAAGAGAAGACUCCAGUGGCAAUGUUUAUGUCAAGGGAGCAACACAAACAUUUGUCAAAUCUGGUGAAGAGGCAUAUGAUGUGAUGGUAGCGGGCAAGCACAACCUGCAAGUAGCAGCCACGGGCAUUCAUGCACAGUCUUCCCGUUCCCAUUGCAUAUUUACUAUCACUAUGCUCACUGAGACUGAGGAGGGCGUGCGGUCGUCGUGCGUGCGGCUGUGCGACCUGGCGGGCUGCGAGCGCGCGGCGCGCACGCGCAACACAGGCGCGCGCAUGCACGAGUCGCGCGCCAUCAACUCGUCGCUGCACGUGCUCGAGCGCUGCCUGCGCACGCUGCGCAAGCGCGCGCCCGCCGGCCCCGCGCGCGCGCACCUCGUGCCCUACAGUGAAUACCAUAUUUAUGAAUGCCGUCACAUCCCCGUCCCCAGGGAGUCGAAGCUGACGCGGUUGCUGGGCGCGGGGCUGUCGGGGUCGCGCGGCGAGGCGGUGAGCAUGGUGGUGACACUGAACCCGGCGCCCGAGUACGCGCAGGAGACGCGCCACGUGCUGCAGCUGGCGGCCGUGGCCAGGGACAUACAAAUUAACAAUACCUUAGCAGAAUACCCGAGUUCUUUUGAAAGCAGUACUCAAGACACAACCAUCACUUGCAGUACAGAUUUGAUGAAGCUAAGAGCUGACAAUGAACGGCUACACUUUGAAUUACUGCAAACCCAAUCGCGUGUGAAGGAGCUGCAGGCGUGCAUGGAGGAGCGGCAGGCGUCGGUGGCUCACACCAUGCACGAGGUGGUGGAGGAGGCCAAGUCCAUGACCAGGGAGUACUACGAGGCUCAGAUACAGGCGUUGAGAGAGGAGAUGGAAGAAUUGAUAGAGGAAUAUGAGAGCAGAUUAAAUACAACUGACCGAACCUCCGACGGAGAUACGCUCUCCCACGACAUGCAACUCAAGAUUAAUCAACUGAUGACCGAAAAUGCCAUAUUACAGGAGAAAUAUUCGGCAGAGAAGUUAGCUCGCGCCCGAGCCGAAGAAGAAGUGCAGCAUUUACGUGCCUGCAUCGAAGAGAGAGACGAAAAAAUUGACGAAGAAAUAGCAGCAAAAGAAGAUUUAGUAGAUUUAUCUGACAGUGAUAAUAGCGAUGAUGAGGACCCGUGUAAUGAGAGUCUGGAACCGACAUUCAAAAAAGAGGAUAUAAACCGCUCUAAAAUGAUACAACAAAGUGCUAUCAUAGAUCUAAACAGCUUGGACAGUCAAUAUUCAGACAAUAGUGAAUUAGAGAAUACAGGAGAUACCCUCAAAGACGAAAUAAAUACGAGCUAUGAUAACGACUGUGCAUACGAAACCGGGAACGAUGCUAGUAUAAAUAUAAGUGAGAGUUUUGAUGAUAAAAAUAAAGAUUUGUCUAUUGCUAACGAAAUUGUUGCUGGUUUGGUAGGCAAUAAAGAAAUAAAACUGUCAAGGGAGACAUAUUGCGUUGAAAGUAAAGUUGAUGAUUAUAAUGAUAUGAAAAAAGCUAACGCUUCAAAUAGAGCUACGUACUGUGUUGCAAGCAAUAAAAAUGACGUCACAAUGGAUGUUAGCUAUAAAGCGCUAAAUUGUAAUGUUUCUAAGGACAGUUUGUUAAACGCAGGUGAUGUAGGUGACGAUAAACCUGGCGCGUUUAUUAAUAAUAUUAUUAGCUCCAUCAAAGAAUCUAAUCGAAGUUAUAGCAAUAAUUCCUUAGCAUUAUUCGAAAGAUUAGAACAAGCAUCGAAAACCGAUGCAGAUACAAAACGUGAUGACGAAAAUUUUUUCAACUUUAAAACGCUCAAAGACAAACGUAAAUUGUUUGCCGAUGAAGGUACGCCUAAAUCUCCAGAAACACCGGCGACUGUUGUCAAAUCCAAAGACAGGAAAUUUUAUUUUGAUAAUAUUGAUGCUUCAAUUAAAAUUAUCGAUAACGAGACGAAAAUCGAUAACGAGGGGAAAAUGAAAAUCGAUGAUUAUAGAUCACCGUCUAUCGUAAAGGAGGAUCUGACUAAUGAUUUUGAGCCUAGCAUGAUUAAAAAAUUGUUAGGACAAAGCGUAACAAAACAAGCUGAUGCAUUACAAAAAGUUAAACUUUGUGAGAAAAAAUGUCAAUCUAUGGAUUUAUUUGAAGGUCUUGAUUCCCCACAAGUACUAGUUAAACAGCAGGAUGAGGUCAUAGAAAAUGUUAGAAAAUCUAUACAAAGUGUUGAUAUAUCCAAAAAGAAUGAUACCAUCCCAACUGAUGAGACUGAUAUAGACAUUAAAAAUAAUGAAUCAAUAGAAAAAGAUGUUAAAGAAGAAAAUAUCGUACCCAAAAAAGAAGACAAUUUAUGCUACAUAUAUGUAAAUGUAAAUAAAAUAAACACAGAUAGUGAAGUAAAAGAUACAAAUAAAAAUGAUGAACAAGUUAUUGCAGUAGAAGACUUAAAAGUAUCUGAAGUCAAAGUGAUCCAAAAUGAAGCAAUCAAUAAUGAAGAAUCACGAGUAAAUAGUACCAAGUCAGACAACACGAUAGACGAAUUUGAAAAUAUAUACAAGGAUAUAACAGCGCCGAGAGCGACCGAAUUUGAUUUACUUGUUUCACAAGAAAUCAGAGAUUCUACAGUCGAUAAUAUGGAUACUACACAUAAUCGAACAGAAAGUGAGGAAGUUAAAUAUAAUUUGAGACACAAAUCUAAAAUGGAUAUACCCAAAACUGAAACUAGACGUAAGAAGAAAGUGCUAGAAACUUCUCCACCGAAAUAUGAGAAAGAAAAACCGAAGAAAAGAAACUUACGACUACGACGACGACAUAACGCGUCUGAGAACAAUUUAGAUUUGGAAAAAGAUGAAUCAAAAGAUAAAGAUUUAGAAGAACAGGAUGAAAAAAAUAGAGAUAUGGAAAAAGCAAAAUUAAAAGAUAUUGUUAAUUUACAAAAUGAAUUUUCUGAUGUAACCCUAGAUAAGGUAGCUCCAAUUAAAAACUUUAAAGACAUUCCGUCUCCUGAGAAAAAUGAUAACGAAAAUCAACCACCAGUGCUCGGUGUACAGAGCUGUCCAGCUAAAAGUACUCGCAAUAGACGCAAGCUGUUCACACCGCGGCCGGAACCUUUAGAAGAAAGUAUGGAGAUCGGCGGCAGCAACGAACGCCUACAUGUACCAAGACCUUCUUAUCACAAACAAAGAGUCAGACGGAAGCUU